CGCGCGGGUCCACAAAUGCUAAAUCAAGAGUGAAACCUGAACCCUGCAUAAGUGUCAAAAACUCAAAACAGUUCGGCUUAUUCAAGGUACCGCCUGUAGCCGCUUUCAUGUAAUCCCUUUCUCAAAAUUCCCGAACUCAAAAUUGCACAAUGCUAAGCUGCAAGAGAUUCCUGCAGAAACCCAUUAAACGAAAGAACAAAAAGAAGCAAAACAAGAAGAAAUCAAGAACAACACCUAACAAAAAUGGCUCUAAUUUUCGAAAAACCCAACAACCUACUCAUAGUUUUGAAGAAGAUGAACCAGAAGAAGGUGGUUUUAGGCUAAGAACUUCUGCACCUUCAAAUAAUCAUGGAGUUCAACCAUUGGGUAAUCUUUUUCUCAGCUCAAAUUCUCAUAAUUCCAGAGACAUUGGCUUAGGUAAUUUGAAAGUUCUUACUGAUGAACUUGUUCUUGAGAUUUUAGGGUUUUUGGAUGCUAAUUAUUUAGGGAUUUUAGCUACUGUUAGUAAAUCUUUAUAUGUAUUUAGUACCCAUGAACCCCUUUGGAGGGAUUUGGUAUUGGAAACCCUUAAAGGUGGAUUUUUGUAUAAUGGGUCAUGGAGAAAAACUUGUAUUGCUGCUCAUUACCCAUGUUUUGAUAAUUCAAAAAUUGGGUCUUGUGGGUUGGGAAUUAGGGAUUUUUAUUCUGAUUUUCUGUUUCAAAGUUGGUUAUGUGCUAAUCUUGAGAUGAAACAUGAGUGGCUACAGAGGGAUAACAUACCGCGAAGGCGGGGGAUUUCAGUUGAGGAAUUUAUAAAAGAUUUUGAGGAGCCUAAUAAGCCUGUGUUGUUGGAAGGUUGCUUGGAUAGCUGGGUUGCAAAGGAUAAAUGGGAUAAGGAUUAUUUGAUUAAAAGUUGUGGUGAUGUUAAGUUUUCGGUUGGUCCAGUUGAAAUGAAGCUUGAGGAUUACUUUAGGUAUUCUGACCUUACUAGGGAAGAGAGACCCUUGUAUUUGUUUGAUCCUAAGUUUGCAGAGAAAGUUCCGACAUUGGGUAGAGAGUAUGAAGUUCCUAUAUACUUUAGGGAGGAUUUAUUUUCUGUUUUGGGUAAAGAGAGGCCUGAUUACAGAUGGAUAAUAAUUGGACCUGCUGGGUCGGGUUCUUCGUUUCAUAUUGAUCCUAAUUCUACAUCAGCUUGGAAUGCUGUGAUUAAGGGGUCCAAGAAGUGGGUUUUAUUUCCUCCUGAGAUUGUACCUCCUGGUGUCCAUCCUAGCCCUGAUGGUGCUGAAGUGGCAUGUCCAGUUUCAAUAAUUGAGUGGUUUAUGAAUUUUUAUGGAGCCACAAAAGAUUGGAGGAGGAGACCCAUUGAGUGUGUCUGUAAAGCAGGCGAGGUUCUCUUUGUGCCUAAUGGAUGGUGGCAUUUGGUUAUCAACUUAGAAGAAUCUAUUGCUAUCACACAGAACUAUGUUAGCAGGAGAAAUUUGCUGAAUGUAUUGGAAUUCCUCCAGAAGCCAAAUGCGAGUGAACUUGUAUCAGGAACAAGGGACCGUGUCAAUCUGCACAAUAAGUUCAAAGAAGCUAUUGAGUUUGCUUUUCCUGGGACUAUAGAUCAGCUAGUGACUAAAGCUGAAGAAAUGAAGAAGAAACGUCCAUUUUGGGAAACUGUUUCAGAUUCUAAUGCUGGAGCUUUCAAGUUUUCCUUCUUAGGCUAGACUAUGCAGGUUUUGGGUUGCUGGACACAUAAUCUGGUGGUGAGCUUAUAUAUUGAUAUCUUACUCUGGUAUAUUCAUUUAAGUUCAUUUUCAGGAUUCCUUUUUAUUGUCAAUUAUUUACUUUAAAAAAAUUUCUGAUAUGAUCAUAUUACAGUCAAUUUUGUUUCAGUAUAAUUAUGUCUUUCUUUCCUUGUCUCCA